AUGCACAGCUGGCUCGUUGCUCCCGGAGCAGCUCGCUGCCGGCACAGCACGAUGCACGCACAGCAUGGGGCACCCCAAAAGCAAGGGGAUGGGAGCUCACUGAAGAAGCUGAGAAGAUGUCCUGCACACCUAAGUGCAAAAUGGGGCAAAAGUCCUGUUGUGCGAGGCCAGCUCUCCAGGCAGCUCUCCAGGCACGGCAGCCUCCCAGGUAGCUCCUGGCUUAGCCUGCCUGUUCCCGAGCCUUCAGAAAUACAGCAGAGCCCUAAAAAACACAUAUCUUCCUCGGAGCCCAUCCUGGACCUCAAGACAGACACAGCAGAAGCACUUCCAGCCCGCAGCGACCCCGGGGAGCCCAGGCGAGGCCAGGAGACAAGGCAGGACCCCCCCAGCCCCAGCGGUGGGUACAACGCUGCAUCCCCCAGCACCAGCAGCCACAGCGAGCCCAGUCCCACUCCAUCCAUGGGUGAGAGCAUCCCAAGAGACCCUGGGUCAGGGCAGGAUGACGCCAGCCCUGCUGACUCCGCGCCUUGGUCGGAAGCCCCAGAGGAGUGCCCUGCUCGCCCCAACACCCUGGACUUCUCCAAGCCCCCAAAGAAGCUGGAGGAGGUGAAGGAGACGGAGCAGAGGUGUAACAGCGACCAUGCAACGGUGAAGGAGAACGGGGUGGGGGGCAGCCCCGUGGCCGCGGGGCUGAGCGAGGAGAGGAAGGCGCUGGAGUCAGAGCUGGGGAAGUGCAUCGAGGACUACCGAAAGAUCAAGAUCCCCCUCGCCUUCCCCAACAAGAAGCGGCAGUGGCAGCGCGAGCUGCUGAGGAAAUACCAGCUGUGAGAGGAAAGCUCGUCCUCUGCUCUGCUCCUGUCCAUGGGUGGCCAGGGAUACCCACAGGCCUGAGCGAGGAGCAUAGAUUGCUCCUUCGGCCCCAUCCAGUGAGCAAAAGGGUUGUAAGCCUAUACCCACAACAGCGUGCUCCUCACCGUGGCCAUCAGGAGGGAUGCAUGAUGUCCCAAGGGGCACAAACAUAGCUGGAGGGUCACAGAAAAAGGAAGGAGGCCCGGGAUGAAUCGUCAGGGCCAAAGCUGCCAUCCAGCAGAAGCUCUUGUGUUUGUAAGAAUGAAUUUUCCUGGCGUUUCAAAUAAUAAACUAUAGUUGGUGUCAAA